CGAAGAAGGACUCGUGACUUGAGUUCAGCCAGUCGCAAAGCUUUCUCGUUGGUUUCCUCCACCCACGAUCUACUAUUCACGCUCUGAAUUUUCCACACGCUGCAAGCUUCCAACUCCAACCCAGCUCCGAAGCAUAGGGGUUGUUCGAAAUCCCACGCCGAAGUGUCCGUCUCUUCCGCCUUUUCAACGUAUAUUUGCACGACCAAGAUGUCCUCCUCGGCACCACCUACGCGCCGACGUCUGGUCGGCGUCUCUUACAAGAUGUACUUUGAUCUAGCCAAGACAAACGAUUAUUUGGAAGCCGUUCUCCCACCCCUUUCCCGCCUGAUCACCUCGCUCAAUCAGCCAACCGACGUCUUUGUCAUUCCCGAUUUCCUAACCAUCCUUCCCUACGCACAGAUCAUCAAGUCCAACAACUCGCCUCUCUUGCUGGGUGCUCAAGACAGUCAUCAUUCGGACGCUGGAGCAUUCACUGGAGAAGUUUCGCCCAAAAACCUGGCGCAGGCGGGAGUCAAAUUUGUGGAGAUGGGUCAUGCGGAGCGUCGAAAGUUGUUUGGAGAGACGGACGAGAGCGUAGCUCUGAAAGCGGAGGGUGCUGUGAGGAACAACAUGAUCCCUCUGAUCUGCAUCGGCGAAGUGACCAAGGGAGGAGGCGUACAAAAAGCGGUGGAUGAAUGCUGGGUUCAAGUGGAACAGGUGUUUGCCAAGAUCAGAGAAGAUGCAGAAGUGGUGUUGGCCUAUGAACCGGUUUGGGCCAUCGGAGCUUCCGAACCUGCAAGCGCGGAACACGUCGUUGCUGUGACGCAAGCGCUCAGACAAAAAGCGCACAGCCUAGGAAGAUCGGGAGUAGUCAGAAUCCUGUACGGCGGAUCGGCUGGACCGGGUCUGUUCACCAAGUUGGAAGAGGGCGUAGAUGGUCUAUUCCUUGGCAGAUUUGCCCACGAUCCUAAAGCUUUCCUCGAGACUAUCAAGGAGGUUGGCGGCGGUGUCAAAUAAGAUGUGCGCAUGUAGACAUUGCAUUUGCAAGCACUGAAUGCAUCAAUAGUGAAAGCGCCAUGAAGCAGAGGCAUAGAGAUUGCGACCACAUCAUGACGCCAUGCAGCUACGCCAACGAGAUCACACGUCGUCCAGCUGCUGGCUGUCAUACACGAACGGUCAUCUACUUCUCAAAGAUCAGCCCGAUGUCUUGCUCCUUGGCUCUUGCCCCACCGUACCAGAUCCCUCAUGAUGCUAGUAGCGCCCGAUUUGUAGCUACCUCCGAACAUU